GUGUUGAAAUGUGGGGGACCGUACAGUAAAAAUGCGAUUUUCUUGUGCACGGUAAAUGAUCACUUUAAACGCAGAGUAAUGUGCGGUGUCAAACGUGUUUACGUUUAAAACUCACGGGAAAAUUAUUCUUCUGAACCUAAUGUCAAAUAGAAUCACUUCGUUGUUCUCGGUAGGCCGUGGUGCCGAAGCGUUUAGACCGUCAUAACCAAAGCACCGCCGGAUAAAAAAUAUUCGUAAAGCUUACUAAAACAGUUUGUAAAAAAAAAUGAAUUUAGGUGGGACAAUUCGAUUCAAUCGUGUCGGUGUUUGCGUGGUUGUAGUUAUUUUCCUUCUGUUGCUAUUUUAUAUGAACAGUGGUGGCGGCGGCAGCAGUAACAGCAUCGGUGCAAAAAGUGUUCAAGAAGAGAAAAAUACGAAUUCUAUUAAUUUGCGAAAAUUAUUGAUUGCUGCAAUAGAAGUUGCAGAAAAAGGUGGCAAAGAAGUAAUCGCUGUGCAAACGGAAAAUGAUCUGGACGAGAAAAUUAAAGGGAAAACAAAAGAGGGAGUGAAAGAGCCGGUUACAAGAGCAGAUCUUAAUUCUCAUUGUGUUAUGUUUUACAGUCUGAAACGUCUUUAUCCAGCGUUAAAGGUUAUUUCAGAAGAAAAGAAGGAAAAAAAUGAAUGCAGUGAUUUGCUGUUUCUGGAUUCAGAACCAAAUCUGAAAGGAUACGACACUUUGCCAGAUGAGACUGUUCCCGUUGACCACAUUGCUGUGUGGAUAGAUCCGUUGGAUGCAACUAAAGAAUUCACAGAGAAGAAACUGGACUACGUGAUGACGAUGGUCUGCGUCGCAGUGGACGGCAAGCCCGUGAUCGGAGUCAUCCACAAGCCCUUCGGAGCGGAGCCCCGGACGACCUGGGCGUGGGUCGGCAAGAAAUUCUCGUCCAACUUGAAAGUGCUCUCCGAGGAUGAUAUAGGCAUGACACCAAAAAUUAUUGUGUCCAUGUCUCACGCGGGAGAGGUGAAGAAUGUUUCAGAAAAAGCAUUUGGUAAAAGUGUGGAUAUCAUCGCAGCAGCCGGAGCAGGCUACAAGUCCCUGGAGGUGGCCCAGGGGAACGCCACGGCCUACGUCCACACGACCGCCAUCAAGAAAUGGGACGUGUGCGCCGGCGACGCGGUGCUGAGCGCGCUGGGGGGCAGCAUGACGACCCUGUCCGGGCGGGGCCUGGACUACGCGGGCUCGGCGGCCGCGGAGAACCGCGACGGGCUGUUGGCGACCCUGGCCCGGCACGGCUGGUACAAGGACAAGCUCGGUGCUGCUCUCAAGCCGCCCGCCAACUGAUCCCUUCCCCCGCGACAGACGUGCCCUUGUUUGCUUUGCGGUUCCACUAAUGAGUCUCCGGUCUUUACGAUUUACUCUUUUUUUUUUAUUUAAAUUAACGAUGGGCCAAUCUAAUUCUCAAGCACAAUCGAAGAUUUAAGGAAGGGAAAUUCAGAUAUUCAAACCCUAGAACCUUUUUAGUUCACAUGUUAUAUUUUAUUUAUCUCUACAGAAGCUAUUAAAGAAAUAAUUUUAUCUGCCACAAGCUACAAUGCUCUGAGAAUGUUUUUUUUUAGCUUUUUAGGGAACAUUUUCGACACAAAAAAAAAUAAAAGGUUUUAUACUUUUUUAUUUUACUAAUAAAAAUAAAUGAUUGAAUGUUUCUUCAAGACUUGAAUUUCUGAAUGUUUGGUUAAAAACAUUAUUUAUUGAGGUUUUAUGAGGAUUCAAAGCACACUUUUAAGAAUUGAAUUUAAGAUUCAGAUUUGAGAAAAAGUUUAUUUUACCCAUCACUAAUUUAAAUGAAAAUGGUUCUGUUAGUUUAUGAAAGUUUUAUCUUCCGUUAAAAUGAUGGCUCUUUCAUGAUGUGUAGGACAUGCAGUGCUGUAUGAGAUUAUUGUUCCCACUCCCCAGCCAAUAUCUUCUCCCUUCUCUUCACCCCCCACUCCACCUCUUCUCCCUUCUCUUCACUCCCUGUUCCAUCUUCUUCUCCCUUCACGUUAGUCCCUAGCCCAUCUCUUCUCCCUUCUCUUCACUCCCUAGCCCAUCUCUUCCUUCUCUUCACUCCCUGUUCCAUCUUCUUCUCCCUUCUCUUCACCCCCCACUCCACCUCUUCACCCUUCUCUUCACUCCCUGUUCCAUCUUCUUCUCACUUCUCUUCACUCCCUAUCCCAUCUCCUCACCCUUCUCUUCACUCCCUAGCCCAUCUCUUCUCCCUUCUCUUCACAUCCUCCUCAUCCUGAAUGCAGUGUUUGGGCAUUGGCUUUGCAGCCAAUAUCGAGUGUGAAUAGAACAGCUUGUAUUGAAUUUUAUGGCAUGUGUUGUUGAAACACAAGUACCUACCUGUUUGUACUCAGCAUAUUUUUAUCAAAGCAUUUAUUUUUGUGAUACUGGUAUGUACUUGUUAUGUAAUUGGCCCUUCGUAGGUUUGUUUGGCAGGAUAGUUGGCAUGCUGAUAGUCCUUCAUGUAUGAUUAAUGGCAUGCAAUAUUUAAUGGCACUGUGAUCAUGUUAGCAGAGCCUUUGUCAUAAAAUAUAAUUUUGAAGCAAAACAAGCAUUUUCAAUAUUAUGUCUGCAAGUUUAUUAAAAUCAUAUUUUUUUAUUUAUUCAAAUGCUCUUAAUUUAUUUAAAAUACAAAAUUAGAAUUCUGGCCUUAUAGAAAUUAUUUUUAGCUUCUUAAUACAGGGGUACAAAUCCAGAGUCGACAAUAUACACCAUAGAAUAUCUUUCUUUGUUUAAUCUGAGGUUGUGAGGGUGGCAACUACUGCAAAAUAUUUGUGUUAAGCCAUGUUUUUACUAUUAUUUUGGUAAUGUUUGAAUCCACUAACUGAAAAUUAAAUUUUAAUGCAUAAUUUAUUGUAUCAUUUAAUACAAUGUUUUGUACAGAAAUAUAUUAAAAUGUUCAUGUUUUGACAGUAAAAUUGUGUAAAUAUUACGGGUAAUGUUUUUAUGUAUCAAUAUUUUAUCAGCUGUAACUUGCCAUCCAAAUCAUUAGCGAGUGAAAGUUGGAGGAAUAAAAUGUAGUAUUGAUGACUUCUUGUAAACAAUCACAUUCUUUAGCAGGGAAUGAAAUUGACCUUUACAAAAACUAAACAAUAUUGUCGCGGGUUGAAAUUUUGCAGGGUUGUUGAAAUCAAAUUUAGGGACUUUACUGACGGGACUCUGGGCUGGCUGCUCUGUUCACUCGUCAGCGCAAGUGGCGUGACCAUGUAAUUGGGGCACGGGGCCGGCGCGGCGCGCUGCGGGCUUGCAGAAUUUUGUUUGUUUGUUUGGCCGCGCGCUGGCGCAGCCACGGGCCGCAGUUACUGGGGCGCGCUGUCGUAACAAGCCGCGCGGUGUGGCCUGCACAUUGGGGUAGAGGGGGGGUAGUCUUCCCAGAUGUUCUAGUUAGUUGUUUAGUAAAUUUGACUUCAAUAACGAGCUUUUGUUAUGGUAGGCGCGGCAGGGCGCGCGAAUUUAAGCGCAAGUGAGUGGUGACUCGGGGCUCACUCAGGCGGAGGCUAUGCGUCUCACCUGUGGUCACGAGUUGUUAGUUCGUUCGUGAUGUAGGAAUUCAAGCUUUCGGGCGGAGGCUAUGGCCCUCGUCAGGGGUCACGCGUCAUAGUUUUUAAAAUGUAAUGUUCGUUCGGGAUUUCAAGGGCAGGAGAGGCCCCUACGUUAUUUUUUUAAAGUAAUCGAUCAAGAAAGGCUUUUCGGAAAAUGUGAGUAUGGACUUAUCUUUGUUUUAAUUUUAAGUAUUAAUUAUGAUUUGAGGUAUUCGGAAGGACUAGGGAAGUGUUUAGUGAAGUUCUCUCAUUCUCUCUCUUGUAAGGUCGUUCAAUCGUUAAGGAAGUAAAGAGAUUAUUGUUUUAAAUUGUAAUCCCGCUAUUUAAAUGUUCUUUAAAAUGAUGUUGAGUAUUUGACUUUAAGAAUAAAAUAAUUUUAAUUAAGUAUUAUGUUAUUUUGCAAAAUCUCCUUAGUUCAGCUCUCACCAGACAUCCUGUACGGGAUGACGAACCUAUGAUCCUAGGUACAGUAAAGUAUUUUAUGAAGUUAAGACUAGUUGAUGCCAAGCGAGUUGUUUCUAUGUAAAGAGCUACGAUUCUCGCCCCCCCCUCUGAAGGUGGAUCGUGACAGAAAUGGCGGUGGCACCGGCUAGGUGCACGUGACAGAAAUGGUAGAGUUCGCCGGAUAGGUUCUAUUUCUGGAGAGAGAGAGAGGUAGAUUUUUAUGUUUAUUAUUAAGUUAGUUUCAGCUUCUGAUAGCAGGUUAUUAAGAGUUUACUUGAGGAGAGGAUUACGGAAUUUUAGUCUAUAGUGGAGGAAGUCUUUGAGAUUUUUUUUUUGACGUAACAGAUGUUUAUUUGAGGAUACUUGUAAGGAUAAAGUUUAUAGUGAUAAGUUGUUUUAAGUCGUUGAAUUUAUUGUAGAUUUAUAUCGGGGAUUAUUACGUGAGGAGAAUACGUUAUAAGUUAAAUGCUUAUUAGAGAUAAUGCAAGUGGUUUAAUUUAAUUGAAGUUCAUUUUAAGAUUGUAGGUUAAGAGAGUUAAAAUUUAAAAUAAAGUUUUUUGUCGUAAAUAGGAAUUAUUUUCAAGAGAAGUUUGUUUUGUUUUCGUGCGCGUAGGAGACGAGACGUACGAAUUAAAUCAGUCGAGGGAAGGAUAAACGUUAGAAAGGAAUUAAAGAGAAAACGAGAGUUUAUGUAAAAGAGAGUUAUAGAAUUUAUAGUGAUGUUUUGUUUUAAUUAGAAAAAUGUUGAGAGUUGUUUCAGAACGACACGUCAGUGGACGUGGCAGAGUGAACACGUGACGGGGAGGUGCUGAGACCUAGCGGAGAACGGAGGAACCGCAAGCGAGGGUUGGCGCACCUGAUGGAAUUCGGUGACGUCACGGGCUCAUACGGAGACGUGGACAGGCCGUGACCUUGUUUUGAUCAGCUGUACGGUAACUUAGCGAUAAGAAAAUAGACUAUUGGUUAAAUAAAUUUAAAUUUAAGUGUGUUUUAGGAGAAGAGGAACUUUCAGUAUGUAAGUAAUUUAAUUUAAGAAGUGUAUGAUGUAUAGGCUAGAAGUGUUUCGUUGUAAGUUGUUUAUGUUUUUGUUAGUUAAAUUCUACCUCGGUUUUAAAAAUAUUUUUUUUGGGAUUUGUAAACAUUAUUAAGGAGGUACACUAUAAAAUCGAUAAGCAUUGAGAAAACUGGGAAGGCUAGAUUUUGUGUGUAGAGGGAAUUUACUCCAAAAGAACAGAGAGACAAAAUUAAUGUUUUCAUUAGGGCGAGGGACCCUAAGGUGAGGCGUUGUGUCCCUGGGAAGAAAGGGAAUUGUAGCGCAGACCAUAGGAGAUGGGCUGACUACGGAAUUAAGGGUCAGGAGAAUCCUGAGAGUUGUGAGUAGUUUGGGGCAGGAGUUCCCCAUGGUAGUACCGAAGUGGCUAUCCUGUAUGGGAUAGGGUACCAUUUCAAUGAAGUUUGUUGGUGGGGUUAGAGCCCCCUGUGUAGUGGGCCUAUAGCAGAUAGGCACUACAGUGAAUUUGGUUAUUUUGUGAGGUAAAUUCCCUGGAGGUUAAGUAAGAUUGGAUUCAGUUAGGAAGGAGGGAAAUGAGAAACAUUGCUGUAGAGAGUUAGUGUACUUGCCUAAUGUGAAAUUGAAUUUUACUAAAUUAAUUUAGGAGAAAGUUUUGUUCGGUAAAUAAAUAAUAAUGGAAGAUAGCUAGAUAAUUAAUUAAUUUUUUUUGAGUAAGGUGUUUUAAGUAAUGAAAUAAAAUAAGGUGAAGUAAUUUGAAUAAUUGGGGAGGAGUUUCUUUAAGAGUUUAGAUAAUUGUUUUUGAAUUUAUUGAGAUAUUCAGCCAGUGAAGUUUGAGUGUGAGAGAUACAGUGAGAUUUUAAGGAAAUCGGUUGUUUAUUAAUUAGGACAAAUGAGAUUUUAUGAUUAAGAGUCAGUAAGCAUAGUUAAAAUUUACGACAUGAUAUUUGUUGACAGUUUACAGUUAUUAAGGAGAAAACAGAGUAAUCUAUUUAUUUUUAUUUUAAUGGUUUGAAGAUAAGAUUAUGAAUUUUUUUUGGAAGUUUCUUUGGCAUGUUGGAAUAAUUUUUUUUGAUUUUUAGAAUUUACAGAGAAAAUUUAAUUGAUUUACAUUAGUUUGGAAGUAUGGAGGUUUAGUGUUCGAUUAGCCCUAACUUGAUGGUCGGAUCCCAAAAGAAUGCCGUAAAACCGAUAGCCAAUUGAGAGGAAUGCGGUAGGCGCUUGUGUAGAGAGGGGUUGUGGGAAAACUCCUUGGGACUGAUGGCAGAUCAGGGGCCCUAAAUAGUGUGUGAUGCUGUAAAACCAGUGCAGAGAAAGCCUGGUAUGCUUAAAUUUUUGGGCACAGGUUAUGUAAACCUGGGGUUCCAUGGGAUUUAGUCAUGUUAGCUGCUGUGAGACAUUAAGAUUUCCAGGCUCCAUAGUAAAUUCAAUGUAAAUUUUUGUUUUCUUAAAAUAAUAAAUUUGUUUUUAAUUUAUUUGAGAUAUUUGAUUUGGAACAGUGAAUACAGACCCCGAGGAAUAAGAGUUAUGCUGUGAGAGGAGAAGGUGGUAGGCCUAAAGGGUACAGGCACCACAGAGGUUAUUUGUAUUGCAUAAUUUAAAUAUAAGGAAACUUGAGAAUUUGAAAUUUUGUUGUUGGUUUGUACACCCAUAAGAAGAGUAUAGGCAGAAUUUUUAUUGUUAUGAGAUGUCUAAUUUAAUUGAAAAGAAGAAAGUUUAAAGAUGCAAGGUAACAUUAUUAUUGUAAUAAUUGAAAGAGAUUAAGAGGUAGAGAGAAAUAGGCAGUUUUUGUUUGUAAGUACUAAAGUUUACAUAUAGAAAUUUAGUAACUAAGAAUGAAUAAUAAGUUAAGUCUAGUGUAAAAGUUUUUUUUUAAGUUUGUUAAGUUAAGAGUCACAAGUAAAUUUUUUUUUUUAGAGAGAAUGUCUUUGAUAGGAAGUAUUAGAAACUUAUGGGAAGUUUAGGGUAACAUAAAUAAUGUAGGUAAUGAAUAAUAAAUAGAUGGUAGGUCUUAAGUUAGGAUUAACAUUUGAAGCAGAAUUUAAUUAAGAAGAAGGAAAAUAAAUAGGCCUAAUGAAAAGAACAAAAAAGGAUUUUAUGGUAAAGCAUUUUUUUUAAGUAAUAAACAAUGAAUAAUAAUGUUGUUUCAGGGUAAUGUGUACUAAUAAUACAAUUUUUUUUUUAGGACCAAAGAACAGGAAUUAUGUAAUUUAAAUUAACAUGUAUUUUUGAAACUGUUACAGAUUCCUUAAGAUGAGCUGAGCAGCAGUCCAGUUUACAAGAUGACAAGAGUUCGAGAGACAAGAUACAAGAUCACUGAAACAAGAGCCAAGACUGAAGAUUCAAGAGAAGAGAAAGCUGGCAGCCAUGGACUUACAAGUGGAGAUUAAUAAGGUCAUGUAAAGUUUUAUUUUUUUUAUGGAAGACAGUAACUGGAGUUUUUUUUUGUUAUAAACAUUAUUUACAGAACUUUUUAGGUUAUAGUAAUGUAAUGGAACUAGUGAGUUGUGGUAGCUGUCAAAAAGAACUAAUACCUUAAGUUUAAUUUUUAAAGUUAAUUUUCUUAAUUUACAGAGGGAUUAGUAGUUUUUUUUAAACCUUAUUUAGGUUGGAAUUUAAAUACAAUAGCUUAUUAUAAAUGUGUACGAACAGUUCAAGUUCACAGUACUGAUAGGUAGGUCAGAUGAUCUUAUUGAUUUUGAUGAUUUGUUGUUUUGAGUUGAUUUUUAGGUGUUGUGAAUUAGACAAUGAAAUAGUUCUGAAAACUUAAAUUAUUUCAAGCUAAGAAAUAGUAAAGUUAAUUGUAACUCAAAGGACACCAGAAUUUAAUUUUUUUUUUUAAUUAGUAAUGUUUGAAAAUUUUAUACUUUACAAGAAAGGUUAUAAACAAACAGAUCGGAUGGAACAAGGAUGCAGUAAAUCACAAUUUCAUUUAGAAUUAUUGAUUAGCUUUUGAGGUUAUGAAGUAAAAGUAAUUAUAGUUUAAAAGUUUGAAUAAAAAAAAAUGUUUUUUUUUUAUUUGUUUGAAAUAGAAAGUUUAAAAGUUAAUUAGUCAUGAUCUAGGUGGGUGAUGGGGUGGGAAUUGGCCACUCUUUUUCCCUAUAACCUCCCUAACAUGGCCUUCUAUUACAUCUAACAGAAAAAAAAAAAAGAAGAAAAAGAAGACUUAUUAUUAGUUAGAAUGUUUUUUUAUGAAGAUACCUGAUGAACUUUUACUGUUUGGAAGAAUAGAAGCAAGGUUAGUCAGAUAUUUUUACUCAGAAGAAGAAGAAGAUAAAGCAGUUUUAUGACUCGACAAGCCAGAGAUUGGUGUUUCCCCUCUGCGCUUCUAUUGACUACGUUGUUUACUCUCAUGGGAUAGCUGGUUCGGCACCAUGGAGAGAGAUUGGUGGGCAUUGUGGUUGCCCCCAGAAGAAAAGAAGAGUAGAAGAGGUUAUGGGUGGGUCAUGUGAACUGACCUUCAACCCAGUUACUUCGUGGGGACUAUUUGCUGUAUAGAGAAGAUCAAGACUCAAGAGUUAGGGAAAAUCAUUGGAGGUCAUGUUUCCCUUCCUUAAGUUUUUCCUAUCAAAUUAUUUGCCUGAUUAGAUUAUGCUAAGGGUGGGAUACUUUAUGUUAGCAGUUGAAUUAAUUAAUUUUAUUUUUUUUGUGUGUUUGCAUCCUUGCCCAUCGAUUGCAGUUUAGUAGUUAGUUUUGUAUUUGUCAGGCGUGAUGGUAAUGCCUGUUGAUGAUGUUUCAGAAUUGUAAUCUGUUCGUGAUGAGGAUGGCACAACUCCGAAGCAGAUGUGGGGAGAAGUUGUGAGCUGCCCUGGAAGCCAGUCCAGUAGCUGUUGGAGUUGAGUGGUGUUUGCUGAUGGCCAGCCCAGGGAGCUACUCUUCUCGACAACACUGACUUCGAGGAGUUGCACCAACCUUCACGAGAUAAGAGUUUAAUUAAUUGAAACACUGUAAGGACACUUAAUUUUUUUUGAAGAACGAAAGAAGUAUGGUAAUAAACGGAAACCGAAAAAAAAAAAAAA